GAUGCGCCGCCAGAAGAGCGAAGGAAGAGCCCAACCUGACGCGAGAAAGCGCUGAGCGAGGGGGAGGGCACGGAGUCGCAGCGGUGAAACGGGAAGGAGCCGUUUUGGAGAGCCCCCGGUGGGAAGCAGCUCCCGAGAGCGAGACGGGGCCGGGAAGGGAUGAACUCAUCCCCCACGGAGGAAACCAAAAGGUCCUCAAAGAAUCCAAAGCCCAGUGCAGAAUAGCUGCCGGGGAAAAGAAGUACACGUGCAACGAGUGCGGAAGAAGCUUUGGCCAGAGCUCCAACCUGAUCGUGCAUCAGCGGAUCCACACCGGGGAGAAACCAUAUAAAUGCCACGAAUGCGGGAAGUGCUUCAGGCAGAGCUCAAACCUCAUCGUCCACCAAAAGACUCAUGCGGGCGAAAAGCUCUACAAGUGCCCCAAGUGCCAGAAGUGCUUCCCGGACAGGUCACUGCUCAUCAGGCACAAGAGGGUCCACGUCGGGGAAAAACCUUUUAAAUGCCCGCAGUGCGGGAAAAGCUUCAUUCACCGCUCGAGGCUUCUCGUCCAUGAGAAGGCGCACGCGGGAGAACACCUCUGCCAGUGUCCCGAGUGCGGGAAACGCUUCAGGGACAAAUCCAAGUUCCUCCAGCACCAGCGGCGGCACGUGGGAGAGCGGCGUUACAAGUGCUACGAGUGCGGGGAGGAGUUUGGGCAGAGCUCGGAGCUCAACCUCCACCAGAGGGUCCACGUGGAGGAGAAGCUCUACCAGUGCUCGACGUGCGAGAAGUGCUUCAAGGACAGGUCCACCCUCAUCCGGCACGAGACGGUGCACACGGGAGAGAAGCCCUACAAAUGCUUGGAGUGCGGGAAGAGGUUCACCCGCAGCUCGGACAUCAUCGUCCACCGGCGGACGCACACGGGGGAGAAACCCUUCCAGUGUCCCGAGUGCGGGAAGAGCUUCAGCCCCCGCUCCAACCUCAUCGUGCAUCAGAGGGUGCACGCAGGGCUUCGCGAGUGCCAGAAAUGCGGGAGAAGCUUCCAACCCAACUCGCGUUUUGGUCUGACGGCUCACGGGGACGACGACGACGACCUGCACGUCCCUUACCGGGGCUUCCAGGACCUAGCGCGAGGGAAGGUCCGCAGCCAUCGGGGUGCUCCAGCAAAGAUCUGCGGGAACGCCACAGAAAUGGUGUCACCUCUGCUUGCCGGGGUGGUUCUUUCCACCUUUGACUUCGACGUAGCCCUCCUACAACUUCCUGACCUUCAAUCGGCACUCGUCUCCGACGCCUUUAGGCCCCCGAUGGUCCCCUGGGACCUUGGGUGGCCUCCGGAGGACCAGGACGGAGGAUCGUUGGACCAACGUAACGUACCCCGGACGUCAGCUGCACGGUUUUACAGAGCGUGA